CAAAAGCGAAACAUAACUGCUUCGCUGGUUUCUGACGGUCACAGCCAGAAAGCAUAUGUCCGCAGUCUCACACUUUUGUGGAAAUAAAUACAAAGAGGGAUUUUAAGUAGAGACACCGGUUUUACAUAAAGCUUUACAUCGAACGGAAGUGGAAAUCUUCUGACAAUAGAAAACACAAAAGUGCAACAAUCACAAACAAAAGCUCUUUGAUGUCAGCUAUUUAUUCUACCAAUGGGAGUUCACGGCCUUUGGUCUCUGCUUCAACCUGUUGGGAAGCCAGUUCGACUGGAAGCACUCGAGGGCAAAAUUCUUGCCAUUGAUGUCAGUCUCUGGCUUCACCAAGCUGCGAAAGGAAUGAGGGAUCGUUCUGGAAAUCCUGUCCCCAACGCCCACCUUAUCGUACUGUUCAACCGUGUCUGCAAGCUGCUUUACUACCGGAUCAAACCAAUAUUCGUAUUCGAUGGUGGUGUACCAGUGUUGAAAUGGCAAACUUUGGCUCACCGUCGUGAACAAAAAGAAACUGCUGCUGAUAAAUCAGGUGAAAUUUCCAACAAGCUUCUCCACAAUAUUCUAAAACAGCAACUCUUGAACAAAACCAUUGAGAAGAACAGCCCCAAAAAGAAAGGUGGUAAUAGUAAUGCUGAGGAAUCCCCUUCAAAAACUGUUGCCCGCCUCAUCUCUUCUAAACCUCGCCAACGGGACUUGUUUGAACUGGAUGAACUCCCAGAAACAAGCCAGAAAUACUUUGAUGAGCUGAAUGAGGAAGACCCUUGGGAUCACCACCAUUCCAUGUUAGAUUCCCGUUAUCAAAAUAUCAAAGACAUCAAUGUUGAUUCUGAAGAAUUCCAGGCAUUGCCUCCUGAGAUCCAACAUGAAUUCCUCAAAGAAAUCAAAGAAUCCAUGAAACGGUCAUCAUGGAACCAGAUUCAGGAAUUACCAGAGGAUGCUGGUGGCUUUGCUUCGUAUCAAAUAUCAAAACUUCUGAAGCAGAACAAAAUCACAAACCAAAUCGAUAAAGUUCAAGAAGAGAUAAUUGCCAGAAAGUCUGGGAAAAUCUCUACUGAAUCUGGCAUCAUUGACCAAGUUGUUAAUAUCCAGAAGAUCGCUUCAGAAGACAGCUCUCAUUUCAUAUUUGUGAAAGGUCUGCAGAAAGACACUGCGCUCGAGGUUAUAGAAAAGAAGAAAGAAGAGAUGAAGGAUAGCGAGGACUCGGAUGGAGAAUCAUCAAAACCAGCACCAUCUUAUAAAUGUCCUGAUUCUGUAAAUACCAGUGGUAAUCUGUGGGUUGAAGAGAUGAAAUAUGGUGUCAAAAAGAAACCAUGUGAACAGCUGCCAAACAUUAAACAGGAAAAGGAUUUUCUGAACUCAAAAGUGAAAUUGCAAGAAGAUAGUGAGGGCUCUGCUAAUUCACAAAAUAUUUUCAAUGUUGAUAAAAAUAUUUUGUUUAAUUGGGCCAAAUUUGCAGAAUCAGGAAGUCACAGUGCUGACCAAACAUCUCUUGGAGAGCCAGAAAAUAAUAGCAGUAAAACACUUGAAACCAAGGUUUCUUUGUCAGAUUCUGACAGUGGAGAAUCAGAAGAGGAUUCUGUUCCACCAAAAACGGUUUUAAACCAAAAGAAGGCAGCAUCAGGUGUGACAGCAACAGAAAAUAAACCAGGUGUUGUCGGUGGAUUAAAAGAUUCUCUUAGUUCUGAGAAACAUGGUACCAGCCUGGACAACAGUUCACUGCUGUCUAAUGGUGUGACUGUAGAUGAUGCAGCUAAGAUAGAUGUGACUGUAAAAGAUGUUAUUACUGAUGAUGAGUCCAAAAAAGAUGUGAUUGUUCCAGAUGAAGACUUUGAAGAGAAGAAAAUACAAUCAGAUUCUGGCGAGAGCGAAGAUGACCUUCUCGAAGUGAACGAAAUCGAAGACGUGGAAAAAUUCUACAACGACAGAUUCCAUUCUGUCAGUGACCAGCCACAUGACAUCACCAUGGCAACUGUGUCACUGGCCAAUGAAGAAGGCAACCAGAUGCCCGAUGACAGGGCUGGCAUCCACACCCUUUACAAUGAAGACGAUGAGGAGGAAGAGAAGGAGGAGGAGGAAGAAGAGGAGGUAGUAAGAGACUUCCAAAGGAAGGUGGAAGUAAAUGAAUUUGAAGGGCUCACUCAGGAAACUAUGUCCACUAUGAGAUCAGAGCUGGAAGCUGAGAGUAAUGUGUUACUGCAAGAACGGGGAAAACAGGAGAGAUUAGCCAUGACCAUUUCUGACCAGAUGCGCCUGGAAGCUCAGGAACUGCUGCUGUUAUUUGGUGUGCCAUUCCUUGUGUCUCCAAUGGAAGCCGAGGCGCAGUGUGCUUACCUGGACAUCACCAAACAGACAGAUGGUUCCAUUACAGACGAUAGCGAUGUGUGGUUAUUUGGUGGACAGAGGGUUUACAAGAACUUCUUCAACCAAAAUAAACAAGUGGAAUUAUUCACAAUGGCUGAUGUGAAUAAUGUGUUGGGUUUGGAGCGAGAGAAAUUAAUCAAGAUGGCGUUCCUGUGUGGCAGUGACUACACCCCUGGUAUUGCAGGGGUUGGUCCUGUGACGGCCCUGGAAAUACUUGCUGAAUUCAACGGGAAACACUUGGAAGGUUUACAGACACUCAAAACCUGGUGGGAUUCUACAAGAGAUCAAAUUAAAAUUCCUCAAGAAAUCAAACUAAAAUCCAAACUUAGACAAAUGGAAAUUCAUGAUGGUUUCCCAAAUCCCUCGGUUGUUGAAGCUUAUGAAAACCCUGAAGUUGACGAGUCCGAGGAGCCUUUCUCCUGGGCCCUACCCAAGCUGGACGAACUCCGACUAUACACAUCCGAGAAGUUAGGUUGGUCCAGGAAUAAAACAGAUGAAAUCUUACUUCCCGUUCUGUCUGCGUUGAAUAAACCUGCCAAACAACAACUUGAAAUCACCAGCUUCUUCAUUAAGGAACCACCAGAUGCAUUUGGCAGCAAGAAAUUUACCAGCAAGAGGGUACAACGUGCAUUACAGCGCAGCCAACAGGUGAUAGCAGUUUGUGAUGACAAACCUACGACUUCACUCAAUGAACAGCGAAUGAAGAAGGCUAAAGAAGUGGUCGAACAGAUGAGAAAAGUGGGUUCGCUACCCCCACGUCACCCUUCGUUAGCAGCUAAAAGAAAAGGGCAGGGCAGCAAGACCAAAGCAGCUUCCAGCAGAGGGAGCCAACCGCUUUCGGCCAAAGUUGCCCGUUCAACUGCGCCAGUGGAUUAUAAACUUUCUGAAAGUAGUAGCAGUGAUUCGGAUGUCAAUUGAGACUGACAGAAAUUUUGUUGAUAUCUUCGUUUGGUUUCAUGGCCUUUUUUUUUUUUUUGGACAUUUUAUACAUGUCAAAGUGAGUCGAGGUGAGCGGGAUUUGAACUGAGAACUACAGCCCCAUGGGGGUGGGGUGCAGCGAAAUACUAUAAGUCUAUUUAGUUUGUCUGUGUGUGUGUGUGUGUGUGUGUAGGGUGUUAAUCGCCCAUACUGCCCACAUGUGAUAAUUCCUCGAAAAGGUGUGACUGUGUGGUAGGAAGCUUGCUUCCCAACCACAGGAUUCUGAGUUCAGUCCCACUGCAUGGUGCCUUGAGCGAGUGUCUUCUACUAUAGCCUCAGAUUGACCAAAGCCUUGUAAGUGGAU